GUUUGAUUGAGGCCCUUACACUGAGCAGAUUACACCGGGGAAAGGGGGCAUCAGGGACCGGCUCCCAGUCACCAGCAAAGGCCGGCACAACGACAGGGAGCAGGAGAGGCGUCCACACCGAGUCAGGGAGCCGGGUUGGGGUUGGUGAUCCACGAUGCCAAGGCUGAGCCACAGUGAAUACGUCCUCCAGCAGUUGAACAACCAGAGGGAGUGGGGCUUCCUGUGUGAUUGCUGUAUCAUUAUCAAUGACAUUUACUUCCGUGCCCACAGAGCUGUGCUGACUGCCUGCAGCUCCUAUUUCAGAAUGAUGUUCAUCAGCCAGCAGCAGCUAACAGGGAACCUCAGUCUGAGCAAUGUUAACAUCAGUGCGGAGUGCUUUGACCUCAUCCUGCAGAUCAUGUACCUGGGGAGGCUGGUGGGAGUUCCCUCUGACUUUGAGGAGUUGCGAUCGGCCAUGACCUUCCUGCAGCUUUACUAUGUGCCCAAGAGUUUGGACGAGCUGCAGGAGAGCGAUGGGAAGCCUGUCCAGUCACCGCCGUUGGCUUUUGCUCGUCCCAAAGGCUCCAUGAUGUUUGGGGUCCGUAUGUACGAUGACCCGCUGGAGGCGACCAAGAGGACCCGGAGGGAGCCGAGCCCCGAGGUCAACAGGGUCUGUGCUGUCCCUCCACCCCCCCUGCCCCCUCUCCCGCUGCUGCCCUCCGGCGUGGAGCGCGUGCCCAGGAAGCAGGCCCCCAGCCCUCCCCGCAAACAGAGCCGGACGGGCCUGAAGGGGAGGCUCCACCACCGCUUUGGCAAGCGUUACACCUGCGACUGUUGUGGCUUCGUCUUCAGCUGUGAGAAGCUCCUGAACGAGCACGCGCUGACCUGCAACAGCAGACGCGCUCCACCCCGGCCGGAAGGAGGUGGGGAGGAGAGUGGCUCCGACAAGAUCGAGAGGAUUGGCGAGGAGGGCCCCGGGGGGAGGGCGGACUCCUCGGAGGUCCCCACAGAGGAGAGCUCGGAGAAUGACACCGACUCCAAGGGGGACCUCAGGGAUUCCGCAACCAACACCCACCUGGUUAAAAGCGAGCCCGAGGACACAGCGGCUGUUGACCUGCGCGAUAUCACCGUGGUCCAGGUGGUGGACGAUGGUGAGCUCCCCUCCGAUGAGGAGAAGGAAGAGGGAAUGACCUUUGAGGAAGCGGGCAAACUCUACAGCAACUUCCCCACCCAGAGGAGGGCCGCUCUGGGUAACAGCCACCGACGGACAGUGGAGCAGGUCAAGGGUCACUCGGGCUGGACAGUGGACGAGAAGGAGGAGGAGGAGGAGGAGGAAGAGGAAGAGGAGGAGGACGACACGCUGGACGGCGCCCUGAAGAUGGAGCCGCCGGGGGAGGGAGGCAGUCCCCUGGGGCCAGCCUGCGAGCUGUGUGGGGUGGCACUGCCCGAGAGUGAGCGCUCUGCUCACUAUGUGGCGCACCACGUGGAGAGCGUGUGCGCCUGUGGCAAGUGCGGGCGGAUCCUGGUGAAGGGGGGCCGGUUGCAGGAACACGCCGAGCGUUGCCUGGGGGGGCACGACGCCCUCUACACCUGGCAGUCCGGGGGCGAGCUGCUCCCCUCCUCGGCCUCAGUGCCCACCGAGGACCCCUCGCCCGAGGGCCUGGCCCACGAAGCCGGCCGGUUCACCUGCCAGGUGUGUGGGGGCAGCUUCAAGCAGCGGUGCCAGCUCCAGGAGCACAUGUACCGGCACGCGGGCCGCAACUUCCAGUGCCCGCAGUGCGCCCGGACCUUCGACCAGGAGAAGCUGUGGGUCGAGCACGUCUCCUGCUGCAUGUUUGGCCAGCCCGCCCGCGAGGCCACCUCCGAGCGGGCUGACCGGAGGAAGCACGUCUGCAACCUCUGCGGCAAGGCCUUCUACCAGCGGUGCCACCUGCGGGAACACUUCACCACCCACACCAAGGAGAAGGAGUUUGCCUGCCAGAUCUGCGGCAAGGAAUUCCUGCGGGAACGUCUGCUCCGACUGCACCUGGACAUGCACCGGGGGGACGCCCGCUACGUCUGCCCCAGGUGUGGCCAAGGCAGCUACCGGAAGCAUGACCACCUGCGGCACAUGGUGUCUCACCUGGCGGGCAGGGAGGUUAUCUGCGAGGUCUGCUUCCAGGUGUUUGGCGAUGGCGAGUUGCUAGAGCGUCACACUGAUGUUCACCUCCACGCCUGCACCCUGUGCGGGGACAAGUUCAAACUGAAGAAGGAGCUGACCAUGCACCACCUGACCAGCCACACCAAGAAGGUGUGAGUGACCCCUCCC